AUGAGACUGGUCAAAUACACGGGGUACGGCAAUGCUGCGGGCCUGCUGGCCAGCCGUGGACUCAUGCACGGCGGACAGGGCAACAUGGGAAAGUACUCGAGCGAGUCCGAGGAGUCCGACACGGAAGAGUACAGCAAAGCCAAAGAUCAGAUCAAUAUAGUGACGGGGCAGAUGGAGCCACCUCACACGGACCCGCUGGUGGGCAUGACCGAGGAGCAGAAGGAGUACGAAGCAAUGCGAUUGGUCGAGCAGCUCGACAAGUUGACACGGGACGGGAUCGUGCAGCCAAUGAGAGUCGGCGAGGAUGGGCGACCAAUGGCAGUCGAGCACAUACUUCAGCUGCAAGAGGGCGCCGGGCGUGCGUCGCCGCCGCCGGGCGAUGACGAUGACGACAACUAAUAUGACGGACGAGCGAAAUAUCCGCGGGAAAUUUUAUUGUGAUUCUUUCCCCCCACCGGUGCGUGCGCGGCACGUGGGCAGCGGCUGAGCGCAGAGAGAAACAACAAGAGGUCAGCACUUUGCGAUGAUCGAUGUGCUCACGCGCGUUUUUGUGACUUUUUCGCGAAUCGAAACCUGGCCUUGCGAGAAUGAACGGACGGCACGGCGUUUACGCGCGAGCUUAUUGUGUGCCGACAACGCCAUCUAUCGAGCUACGUAAACAUUAACGACGCUAAACUGCCGGGACGGCCGAAUCCAUUGCUUCGCCAGUUUUUUGUCUGGCAGGCAGCAUAAGCGCGCGUGGGUCGGGCCUCUCUGUGCACGUCACCGGGACACCAACGACGCUGAUCGGUCGAAUCACUGCUAUUCUAUAUUGCCCGUGUCUCGUAUCGUGUCUGUAUUUGGUUUUGCGCGACGCGGUGUUGAACGUACGGCACCCACCCAAAUUCACCCACCCAUCCACCCACUCACCAUCCCUCCCACCAACCCA